AUGGAUACUCCAGUGCAAUCCUCUGGCCAGGCCAGCGGCCGGGCUUCGGUCUACUCCUUGGAUCGUCCUCUAACGAACAAUUUUGAUAACUCCGAGAAAGCCGCUGCUGACGAUGGACACACGUCGAUCCCAUCGAGAGUCCAUGGGUGGAAGUGGUUCAUCGUCUGCUGUGUGCUCUACUCUUCGACAUUUCUCUAUGGACUUGACACGACCAUUGUGGCAGAUGUUCAGGUGCCCAUAGUAGAGAGAUUCGGGUCCGUUGAGAAACUGAGUUGGCUUGGAACCGCCUUCCCUCUGGGUUCAGUUGCAACGAUUCUUCCAAUUGGUGCACUCUAUAACAUAUUUGACAUAAAAUAUGUGUAUAUCAUUUCACUUGCUUUGUUCGAAGGAGGAAGUGCUCUAUGCGGGGGCGCCCCUAGCAUGGACUCAUUGAUAGUAGGCCGGGUGAUGGCUGGGAUCGGUGGAUGUGGAAUGUACCUUGGUGUUCUCAAUUACAUCGCAAUCUUCACUACCCUACGAAGGCGCCCUGUAUAUAUGGGCAUGACGGGAAUAGUUUGGGGAUCAGGUGCUAUUCUUGGCCCGGUGAUAGGAGGCUCCUUUGCGGACAGUUCUGCAACCUGGAGAUGGGCAUUCUAUAUCAAUCUAGUUCUCGCCGCUGUCGCUGUGCCAGCACUUUUCCUGCUUGUUCCAAGGCACAAGUCAUCCCCAGAUGUCCCCGUUCUCUCUAAACUUAAGGAACUCGAUAUCAUAGGAAUGAUUCUUAACGGCGGAAUCUACUUUCUAUGGGUUCUCGCCCUCACCUUCGCCGGGGUAACUUGGAAAUGGAAUGACGGACGCAUAAUAGCGCUCUUUGUCCUAUUCGGCAUUACACUGAUAGCCUUUGUUGUCCAGCAGUACUUCUCCCUCUUCACCACCGUUGCUCGCCGCGCAUUCCCAGGACAAUUUCUCAAGCGGCGAUCCUUGAUAAUCCUUUAUAUCAGUACAUGCUGUUCCAACUCGGCAUUUUUCGUUGGCGCCUAUUACAUUCCUCUAUUCUUCCAGUUCAGUCGUGGUGAUACCGCCAUCGCCGCCGCAGUGCGACUCCUACCGUUCGUGAUGGUAACCAUAACAACCAUCAUGCUAAGCGGAGCCCUAAUGCCAGUGUUCGGCUACUAUAUGCCCUGGUACUUUAUCAGCGGGGCCUUCUUGGUUGCUGGUUCAUCCCUCAUGUAUACCGUCGACGCUCACACUCCCGCUGCCAAUAUAUAUGGGUAUUCUGUUCUGCUUGCUAUUGGGGCUGGCGCGACAGCGCAAGCAGCCUACAGUGUCGCAGCAGCAAAAGUGAAGGGAUCAGAAGUGAACCAUGCAGUGACAUUCAUCAACCUUGCCCAGCUUGGAGCAACAGUUCUCUGUCUUGCCAUCUCAGGAGCCAUUUUUCAAAACCUAGCACUUCGAAAUCUCGAAUCUGCUCUUUCUGGGUAUGGCGAUUACUCGAGGUCGCAGCUUAUUUCUGCGAUUGCGGGUGCAAAAAGCGAUAUUCUCCAAAAUGGGUCACCAGAAGUUAAAGACGCUGCAAUUAACGCCAUUGUUCAUGCAAUGAGGAACGUUUACGUUUCCCUUAUCGCUGCUGGUGCACUAGAGAUGGUGACAUCAUUAUUCCUUAAGCGAGAGAAGUUGUUUAUGAAGAUGGAGGCUGUCGGGUGA